CAGUGAAGAACGUUGUCGUGGGUGCGCAGGCUUCCCUCUUCCUUACAGCGGCGUUGUGUGCUGUUCGGGGCCUGAGCCCGGUUCACGUUACUCAGACAGGGCGGAGGAGUAAGUCAGAGAGUGCAGCAGCGUUUGAUAUCUUUAGCUGGUUCACCGUAGUUAGAUCCGUGUAGCGUGACACCAUUCCGCACAGCGAUGUUUAAAUUGCUUCUCUCAGUAGUUCUUCUUGGGGCUGUCCAGGCCAGCGACGUGCUAGAAUUUACCGAUAACGAUUUUGAAAGCAAAAUCUCAGACCACGAACUUAUCCUUGUGGAGUUCUUUGCACCGUGGUGUGGCCACUGUAAACGACUUGCCCCAGAAUAUGAGGCUGCAGCGACGCGUCUUAAAGGGAUUGUCCCACUGGCUAAGGUGGACUGCACAGCUAGUAGCAAUGUGUGCGGUAAGUAUGGUGUCAGCGGGUAUCCCACGCUGAAGAUCUUCAGGGACGGAGAAGACUCCGGGGCUUAUGACGGACCGAGAACCGCAGAUGGAAUUGUGAGCCAUCUGAAGAAGCAAGCCGGCCCAGCCUCCGUGGAGAUCAAGACGGUGGCGGAGUUCGAGAAUUAUGUCAAUGAUCGCGAUGCCAGUGUUGUGGGCUUCUUCUCGGACACCGCUAGUCCUGCCCAGGCGGAGUUCCUGAAGGCGGCUGGGGCCCUGAGGGAGUCCUAUCGCUUUGCACACACCAACAAUGAGGAGCUGCUGAGGAAACACAACGUUGAUGCUGAGGGUGUCGUUCUCUUCCGGCCAAAGCGUCUCAGCAGUAAAUUUGAGGAGACCGACGUGCCCUAUAACGAGGAAAAGUUCACCAGCUCCAAAAUCAAGAGAUUCAUUCAGGAUAACAUUUUCGGAAUUUGCCCCCACCUGACUGAUGACAACAAGGACCAGCUGAAGGGGAAAGAUCUGAUGGUGGCCUACUAUGAUGUGGACUAUGAGAAGAACCCCAAAGGCUCCAACUAUUGGAGAAACAGAGUGAUGAAGGUGGCCAAGAGCUUCCUAGACCAGGGGAAGAAGCUGACCUUCGCUGUGGCCAACAAGAACAGCUUCAGCCAUGACUUAUCGGAGUUGGGGCUGGAUUCCAGCACUGGGGAGGUUCCUGUGGUGGGCAUCCGGACUGCCAAAGGGGAUAAAUACGUCAUGCAGGAGGAGUUCUCACGUGAUGGGAAAGCACUGGAGCGGUUUCUCCAGGAUUACUUUGAUGGAAAUCUGAAGCGUUACCUCAAGUCUGAGCCAAUCCCUGAAAGCAAUGAUGGACCAGUAAAGGUUUUAGUGGCCGAGAAUUUUGACCAAAUCGUGAAUGCUGAUGACAAAGAUGUCCUGAUCGAGUUCUACGCGCCCUGGUGUGGUCACUGCAAGAGUCUGGAGCCCAAGUAUAAGGAGCUGGGUGAGAAGCUUGCCAAGGACCCCAGUAUUGUCAUAGCCAAGAUGGAUGCCACUGCCAAUGACGUGCCAUCACCUUACGAAGUCAGAGGGUUCCCCACAAUAUACUUCUCUCCUGCUGGACAGAAGCAGAAUCCAAAGAGAUACGAGGGUGGCCGUGAAGUCGACGACUUCAUCUCCUAUCUGAAGAAGGAGGCCCGCAAUCCUCCUGUGGUUGAGGAAGAUGAGAAGAAGUCCAAGAAGAAGAAGAAGAAGAGCGAGUUGUAGAUGGCCGUUCGAAACAGCUGUGGAAGGGAAGCGUGGAGAAGGAGGAGGAGGAGAGAUUUGCAAUCAUUAGCGUCCUGCAGAACAGCCCGAUCCAAGUCACACUGGUGUCCCCGUUCCAGACGAGCUGCUCCGGGACCACUGUGAGGGCCAGAACAUAGCCGUCAUCGGCUCCGAUGGGACCACGGUCUGUCGGGAUCAGUUCCCCUUUCUUCUGUCUCUUAGACAGUCGCACUUUGAGGUCCUUUCCAGAUUGUUUUUGUUUUGUGGAGGGUUACUCGUUUUUUAUUCUUUAAUUCCUUAAUUUUGUUUUCUGCCCUUUGGUACCACUGUUUUAUUUUGUACAUUUGGACAAAUCGAAUAAAGGCCCAAAUUACCAAGGUGA